CGGGCGGGGGGCGGCCGGGCGGGAAGGGCCGGGAAGGCCGCGGGCCCGCAUUCGGGUCUCAGAGACGAAACUUUCGUGGAAGGCGGCCAUUUCGGGAGAGAACAGUUUGAGAAGCCGUUCCUAGUGUACCCCCAUCUCCUGGAUUUGCGGCACCCUGGAGCUGCCUACACCCCGCUCUGUGCACUGUUGGGUUGCAGAGCGCUGCCUUUGCCCCUCCGGUCGCCGUCCUCCCGGAGCAUCUCUGUUGACCACCCUUGCUGCCCCACCCCCGCUGUUUACGUUGGCUCUGGAAGUCGAUUAUUCCCCCUCACCCAGCGCUUACAGCUUCGUGAAAGUUCGAUAGUCUUUCCGAAAAGAAAUGGAACAAGAGCCACAAGAUGCAGAACCUGCUGAAAUUAAGAUCAUCAAGGAAGCAUACAAGAAGGCCUUUUUAUUUGUUAAUAAAGGACUUAAUACAGAUGAAUUAGGUCAGAAGGAAGAAGCAAAGAACUACUAUAAGCAAGGAAUAGGACACUUGCUCAGAGGAAUCAGCAUUUCAACAGAUCCCGAACACGUAGGUCCUGGGUGGGAAUCUGCUAGACAGAUGCAACAGAAAAUGAAAGAAACGCUGCAGAAUGUACGUACCAGGUUGGAAAUUCUAGAGAAGGGUCUUGCCACUUCUCUACGGAAUGAUCUUCAGGAGGUACCCAAGUUAUAUCCAGAAUUUCCACCUAAAGACAUGUCUGAAAAGUCACCGGAACCUCAGUCCUUUAGUUCACUUCCUCAGCACAAUGAAGUAAAUGGAAGCACUUCAACUACAAGUACAGAAUCAGUUUCUACACCUGGUACUUUGUCAGUACCUUCUCAGAGUCAUCCGUCAGAAGCUCCUCCCGCUUACACUCCUCAAGCUGCUGAGGGUCACUACACUGUAUCGUAUGGAACAGAAUCUGGGGAGUUCUCAUCAGUUGGGGAAAACUUUUAUAGGAAUCAUUCUCAGCCACCUCCUCUUGAGACCUUAGGGCUAGAUGCAGAUGAGUUGAUUUUGAUACCAAAUGGAGUACAGAUAUUUUUUGUAAAUCCUGCGGGCGAGGUUAGUGCACCUUCAUAUCCUGGGUACCUUCGAAUUGUGAGAUUCCUGGAUAAUUCUCUUGAUACAGUUUUAAACCGCCCUCCUGGGUUUCUUCAGGUUUGUGACUGGUUGUAUCCUCUAGUUCCUGAUAGAUCUCCAGUUCUUAAAUGUACUGUAGGAGCCUACAUGUUUCCUGAUACAAUGUUACAAGCAUCAGGAUGCUUUGUGGGGGUUGUCUUGUCUUCUGAAUUACCAGAAGAUGACAGAGAACUCUUUGAGGAUCUACUAAGACAAAUGUCUGACCUUCGGCUCCAGGCCAACUGGGACCGGGCAGAAGGAGAAAAUGAAUUCCAAAUCCCUGGAAGAUCCAGAUGCCGCCCUGACCAGUUGAAGGAAGCCAGUGGCGCUGAUGUGAGACAGUUGGACGCAGGCAGUAAGGAUGUGCGUCAUAAGGGAAAACGGGGGAAAAAGGCCAAAGGUACUUCAAGUGAAGAAGUUAAUCUGAGUCACAUUGUACCCUAUGAGCCAGUUUCAGAAGAAAAAGCAAAGGAAUUACCUGAAUGGAGUGAGAAAGUGGCUCAAAACAUUUUGUCAGGUGCUUCCUGGGUGAGUUGGGGUUUGGUCAAAGGUGCUGAAUUUACUGGCAAAGCCAUCCAGAAAGGCGCUUCUAAACUCCGAGAACGGAUUCAACCAGAAGAAAAACCAGUGGAAGUUAGUCCAGCUGUGACCAAGGGACUCUAUAUAGCAAAGCAGGCUACCGGAGGAGCAGCGAAAGUCAGUCAGUUCCUGGUUGACGGAGUUUGUACUGUAGCAAAUUGUGUUGGAAAGGAAUUAGCUCCUCACGUCAAGAAGCACGGAAGCAAACUUGUUCCAGAAUCUCUUAAAAAAGACAGAAAUGGGAAGUCUCCCCUGGAUGGUGCUAUGGUUGUAGCAGCAAGUAGUGUUCAAGGAUUUUCAACUGUCUGGCAAGGAUUGGAAUGUGCAGCUAAAUGCAUUGUUAACAAUGUUUCAGCAGAGACUGUACAAACUGUCAGAUACAAAUAUGGGCAUACCGCAGGAGAAGCUACGCACAACGCGGUGGAUUCUGCCAUCAAUGUUGGUGUAACUGCGUAUAAUAUUGACAACAUUGGUAUCAAAGCAAUGGUGAAGAAAACUGCAAAACAAACGGGACACACACUGCUUGAGGACUAUAAAAUCGUUGAUAAUUCUAAGGGGGAGAAUCGAGGAGGAGCAGGUAUAAACACGGAAGGGGAGGAAGAUGAGCAGAGAGAGGAGCUGGAGAAGAGUGGGGCGAAGAAGAAGGAGAAGUGAAGUGCUGUGGAUUGCCUGUACCAGAGCCUUACAGAUGGAUGCAGUUUUGUUAAAUGGCAAAUGUGGCAUUCCCCACAGAUUAACUAGGAUUUUUAAAAUGUAUUCUCCUACAAAGUGACUAUUUCAUAAGCUUUAUGGCAUGUAUUCUACUUCUAAGGAAAAGAAUCAGUAUUCUUGCAUCUGGCCUUUAGAAAUAUAGUUUCAUUCUGUGUGAGUUUAUUUUUUUCUAAAUGUGGCUAAAAUAUUUUUGCAGUUAAAAUAAGACUAAUAAUAGAUGUGCUAUAAACCUUAUUAAACCUCAUGUUAAACUAUUUUUGUAUUUGCUGUCUUUCAGAAAGCAAAGUAGGAAAUUAUAUAUUUACAUAAAAUUUGUCAUUUAGUAACCUUAGUUCUGUUUGUUUUGGAAAAGAAUGACUUAAAACGUUUCCUCUUUUUGCACUAAUUGUGGAUUUUUUUUUUUUAGGUGCUUGUCAGAAUUUUCAGUGUAUAAGCUAAACAAAAACUGUAAUCCUAAAUGAAAAGAAUUCUUGUAUAACAUUUAAAAGACUUCUUCAAAACAAGGAAUAGACUAAUCAUGAAAAAGAAAAUGAGGUUCUAUAA